AUGUCCACCGCGGUGGAGGGGCUGCAAGCCUGCGGACUGAAGGUGAUCGUGGUGUCCUCCCGCGCAGAGCCCGCGCUGGAUCUCCAGCACGCCGCGGCGUCGGUGGACAGGGGCCGCCUGCUUCACGUGCAGGCGCUCAGCGACGCUGCCGUCGAGGUGCUGCUGUGUUCGGACAGGUACCGCUGCCCCUUCGUCACGAACCGGGACGUGAACGCGCUCGUCUGCGACUGGCGCCUGCCGCCGCGGGCCCAGCUAUGGCUGCGGCGCGAGCUGCCGAACUUGCACAUCGGCUGGCGGGUUACCGAGGCGGGGGACUUCGGCGCCUGCUUCCCCCCCGCUGUGCGGAAGCGCGUGGGGGCGGCCGCCCGGGCACACGGCGCGGGCGCUGCGCCAGAUGCGGGCGCCCUGUGCGCGGCAGCGGCGUGGCUCGGCGGGCCGGAGGCGCAGGCGGAGCCCGCUGCGCCGCCGUGGCCCGCCCAGCAGCCGUGGACGUGCUCGGGCACGGACGACGACGUGCCGCCGAUGGCGCUGCUGGCGUCGGAGUGCGGGGCAAGGGUGCUGUGCCUGUUCUGCACUCAGAAGUCGUCGGGCCUGUUCCCAUGA